UCUCUGACAGUGGGAGAUUUAAAAGAUCUGUUAUUGUAAUGAGGAGGGAUUUUUUCAACGAGCCCCGGCAUGCAUUGCUGGCUAUCAACACAGGUGCAAAGUUCUUCGCUGCUCUAACACCAUGGUUCAGCCUGACACACGAAAAGGAGGGAGCAGCCCAGGCAUCUGUGAUGUCGUUUUGACAGUGAUCUCCGUCAUCGUCAUAGUCCUUACCUUUCCAUUAUCCGUAUGGUUCUGCUUGAAGAUAGUACAGGAAUAUGAAAGAGCUGUCAUCUUCAGGCUGGGAAGACUUCUCCAAGGAGGCGCCAAAGGGCCAGGGCUGUUCUUUAUCCUGCCCUGUAUUGACACUUACCGUAAAGUUGACUUGCGAGUCGUCUCCUUUGAUGUGCCACCACAAGAGAUUCUGACCAGGGACAGCGUGACCGUGACCGUGGAUGCCGUCGUGUACUUUCGGAUCUAUGAUGCAACAAUGGCGAUCACUAACGUUCAGAACGCUAACGGCUCCACCCGCCUGCUUGCCCAGACCACCCUGAGGAACAUCCUGGGUACCAAAAACCUGACGGAGAUUCUGUCACAGCGGGAUGAGAUUAGUCAGACCAUGCAGAGUACUCUUGACGAGGCUACCGACCCGUGGGGUGUUAAAGUCGAGCGUAUCGAAGUUAAGGACGUUCGGUUGCCACAGCAAAUGCAACGAGCCAUGGCAGCUGAGGCAGAAGCGUCACGUGAUGCGAGAGCCAAGAUUAUCGCCGCUGAGGGUGAGAUGAAUGCCUCCCGCUCGCUCAAGGACGCGUCCGACAUCCUCUCUGAGUCGCCCCAAGCCAUCCAACUCCGAUACCUGCAAACCCUGACCACCAUCUCGGCGGAGAAGAACUCCACCAUCAUCUUCCCCCUGCCAAUAGAUAUGCUCUCACAUUUCCUCCCAGAAAGGAAGGCAUAAGAAAGCACAAGAAACGAUAGACCACGUGAUCACAAAUUUACGUAGACUUUAGGCCCAAUCUUUACUUUGAGCUCGCGAUCAUGUGAAGGUCUGUGAGCCCGUUAUCAUAACCAGUAGUCGGUAGGUACUUUAAAUAUGAUACGCAAAGUGUACCUGGACAUAAGCAUGUACAAAUCUUGACUUUAUGGCCAUUCAAUUCCUUGAAAACCUUCAGCUCCACAGCUCCAUCAUCACCAUCAUCAUCCACCAUUAGCUGGUCGAGCUGACUGAGUUGAUGAAGCUGAGGAAGCUGACGGAGUUGACGGAAGCUAGUGGUGGCCUUAAAGUAUAGACUUGUAUAUGCUUUUGGCCCGGUACACGUCGCGUAUCUUAUUUUAAAGCAGGCCCGUA